GAGACCCGGAGCACCCUGGUGUCCACGGCAGUGGCCAUGGCUGCAUACAAGACUGGCCGCCCUGUACGCUGCAUGCUGGAUCGUGAUGAGGACAUGCUGAUCACAGGAGGCAGAAAUCCCUUCCUGGCCAGAUACAAGGUUGGCUUCAUGAAGACAGGGAAGGUUGUGGCCCUGGAGGUGGAGCACUACGGCAAUGCCGGGAACUCCGAGGAUCUCUCUCUGAGAGUAAUAGGACGAGCUCUGCUCCAUAUGGACAACUCCUACAAAAUCCCCAACAUCCGGGGCACUGGGCAGGCAUGCAAGACCAACCUGCCCUCCAACACAGCCUUCCGGGGUUUUGGGGGACCGCAGGGGAUGCUCAUUGCCGAGCACUGGAUGAGUGAAGUCGCAGUGACCUGCGGGCUGCCUGCUGAGGAAGUGCGGAAGAAGAACAUGUACAAAGAAGGGGACCUGACACACUUCAACCAGAAGCUUGAGGGGUUCACCUUGCCCAGGUGCUGGGAUGAAUGUCUAGCAAUCUCUGAGUAUCAUGCUCGGAGGAGUGAGGUGGACAAGUUCAACAAGGAGCAUUGUUGGAAAAAGAGAGGACUGUGCAUAAUUCCUAUCAAGUUUGGAAUAGACUACACUCUUUCUUUUCUGAAUCAGGCAGGAGCCCUGAUUCUUGUGUACACAGAUGGCUCCGUGCUGCUGACCCAUGGGGGCACUGAGAUGGGCCAGGGCCUCCACACCAAGAUGGUCCAGGUGGCCAGCAAAGCUCUGAAAAUCCCCAUCUCUAAGAUUUACAUCAGUGAGACAAGCACUAAUACGGUGCCCAACACCUCUCCCACUUCUGCUUCUAUCAGCACUGACAUCAAUGGACAGGCCGUCUAUGAAGCUUGUCAGAAGAUCCUGAAGAGGUUGGAGCCCUUCAAGAGAAAGAAUCCCAGAGGCUCCUGGGAAGACUGGGUCACGGCUGCCUACCAGGAUGCAGUGAGCUUGUCUGCUACUGGGUUUUACAAAAUACCCAAUGUUGGCUACAGCUUUGAGACCAACUCAGGGACCCCCUUCAAUUACUUCAGCUACGGGGUGGCUUGCUCGGAAGUGGAAAUUGACUGCUUAACAGGGGACCAUAAGAACCUUCGCACAGACAUCGUCAUGGAUGUUGGCUGCAGUCUGAACCCUGCCAUCGACAUAGGGCAGGUGGAAGGCGCAUUUGUCCAGGGUCUGGGCCUCUUCACACUGGAGGAGCUGCACUACUCCCCUGAUGGGACCCUGCUCACCCGUGGCCCUGGCACCUACAAGAUCCCGGCAUUUGGUAGCAUCCCCACGGAGUUCAGGGUGUCUCUGCUCCGUGACUCUCCCAACAAGAAGGCCAUCUACGCAUCCAAGGCUAUCGGAGAGCCGCCUCUCUUCCUGGCCGCCUCCAUCUUCUUUGCCAUCAAGGAUGCCAUCCGUGCAGCCCGAGCUCAGCAUGGAGGCAGUAAUACGAAGGAGCUCUUCCGGCUAGACAGCCCUGCCACCCCGGAGAAGAUCCGCAAUGCCUGUGUGGACAAGUUCACCACCCUGUGCAUCACUGAUGUACCAGGAAACUGUAAACCCUGGUCUCAGAGAGUCUGAAGAGAAAGCCCUCAGGGGACUCUUCUCGCACGAAGCAUGGAACAUGCCCUGAAGAACAUGAAUCUAUGAAAGCUGCAGGAUGACAACACUGAUUCAUCAGAAUGGUGUUUGAAAGAACACUGAAUACAUUGGAAGAAUCUGAUAAAAAAUGUGAUUUGUAAACAUAAUGAUAAGCAAAUCUAGACCUAUUAGGCCCAAGGCCCAAGUGGCAAUAGGCAAUGAAGGGUCUUUUUAGGUCUGUCUUAAUCAUGUAUAUGAUUAAAUUGAUUCAGGAAGUGUUUGUGCUAUGUCCCAACUCACUAGACAGACGGUAUAACCUCACGUGCUGACAGUGUCUGUCCUUCUGGAAUCCCACAAGCCUCCAGUAGCUUGAACAAAAGCUAUUUUAAAUCCACGUGCCUUCCUCAGGCAGCUUUUCCUUUAAACCAAUGAACAUCAUAUUAUAACCUCAAAUCUAUACACAAAAAAUCUUAAUGGGACAAUGGGAUGAGAUUCAAGCCUCGAAUCACCUUUGGGUUAUCGGAGAGAAUAAAGAAUGAAACAAAUUCAAGGUUAAUUUGGUCUAAUUUUGUGAAGUUGCAUAAAGUAAUACUACUCCAUAACACCCAAACCAAACAAACCCAGUUAUUGAGUGCCUACUAUGUGAUGGGUUUCUUCUCUUCCCCUUUGUGUAUUUAAAAAAAAAUCAUUUUUAAAAAUCUUCCCUUGAAGGCAGAAUAUUUUCCAUCUAGAAAUGAUACCCAAAUCAAGAUCAGCCAGAAAAAAAGCAGUCAAGGAGCUGGGGUUCUCAUCCCAGCUGUCUCUAGAGUCUCUGUGUCCUUGGAAUGUCACUUCCAUUUACUGUACUUCAUUUUACUGCAAUGAAAGGAUUGGACUGGAAUCAUCUCUAAGGUCUCCUCCAGCUCUAAAAGUCUAUAAAUUUGCGACCUGAAAACUCCUCUUACAUAAGGGACCUGCAGGUGCCAACGACUUGGCUCCCUUUCUAUGGGUGUAAUGAGCUCUGCUAAGACCCUCCUAAGGCUGGUAAAGAGAACAAGAGAAAGGCAGCCAUCCCUGUGGUUUCUCUGGCUGGUGAUGUCACCACUCCGUGGCUCUAGGUGGACAAUGUGACAUUGUCUUGUGUCUUCAUUGUAUAGAAUGCCCACCUUCUGCCAGACAGCGUUCAAGAUUCUGGCCAUGGAAGGAUGGUGGAAACCAUGCUCCAGUUGAGGCUGGAGCUGGAUGUCACUAAUAAAUGAAGCUGUUAGCUGACUGG